GGGUAGGGUAAAACCCGAACCCGAAGCAUUUUUCGUGGGUACGGGUAAAACCCGAACCCGAAUAUUGUGGGUAAUGGGUGGGCAUGGUUAUCUCACUAUCCAACCCGAACCCGCCCGAUUAUACACAUGCAUAUGUAUUUUGUCUAGAAAUAAUCAUUAUUUUCCCUAGAAUAUUUUAUAUUUAGCAUUUAAAUAUAAUAUUUUCAUGAAAUUAUGUUGUUUUAAUUAAUUUUCGUUAUUCUAGUGAAUUAUUGGCGUACUUUUCCUCUUACGUAAUGUGAAUAUACGUGUGAAUGUUAACAUAUUGGUUGGAAUUAUAAGGAGAAAUUAUUACCCAUGGAUAACCGUGGAUACCCGAAACCCGAACGGGUAUGGGCAUGGUUUUGAUUUUCUACCCGUUUCUCGUGUGGGUACGGGUAUGGGUAAAACCCGAACUACAUUGGGUAGGGUAACGGAUAUGCACUAUCCGCCCCCGACCCGACCCAUUGCCAUCCCUACUCGGCGGCCACGGCUUAGUUCGCAAGGGCUAGUUUAAAAUAGGUGAUUAAGGAACAAACUUUUUUGAGUUCCAUAUAUGAAAAAGUUUAGUAAGUAAAAGGGGACAGGUUACGGUGAUUACUACAAUAAUCACCGUGGUUACUAAGGGUAAAUCGGGUAUGGAAAAAUAAAUUAUAUUAAUUAAUUUUUUCAUAAAUUACAUUUUAGGUAGUUACAAAAAUCUAUUAAUUAAAAUUAUCUCUUUCUCUCACUUCCGUAAUCUCCAGCCAGAUUUCCUUUCCAUAUUUUUCUCAAUCUUUCUGCAAAAAAAAAAAAAACAAAAUAAGUACCAAUCCAUUAGACAAACACUACCACUUUGAAAAACAUCAAUACCAUUGCAGAAAAAAAAUCUAUACCAUUACACGAAAACUACCAUUACAGAAAUAAAUCUAUACCAUUACACGAAAACUACCAAUAUAAACAAUCUAUACCAUAAACAAUCAAUACCAUUGUAGGAAUAAAUCUAUACCAUUACACAAAAACUACCAAUAUAAACAAUCGAUACCAUUGCAGUAAUAAAUCUAUACCAUUACACGAAAACUACCAAUAUAAACAAUCUAUACCACUGCACAUUGAAUCAAUAAACAAAAAUUACUAGAUCUAGGUUUUUAAAUCUAUACCACUGCACAUAAGAGAGAGAGAGAGUGGUCGGGGGCUGCUGCCGGCGGUGGCCGAGGGUGGUCGGGGAUGCUGCCGGCGGUGCGACGGGUUUGGCUGGAGGGGGGAUAGAACUAGGGUUUAGGUAGAUUAUAUAGAAUAAUCAGGUUUGUCACUUUUUAAUUUCCAAAAUUACCCUAAAAGAAUCAUGACCGUAAGAUUAAAAAAAAUGGAAAAUAAUUAAUCAAAUGGUAUAUAAAGAGGUUGCCACCGUGAUUACUAAAAAACAAGUAAUCACCCUAACCCAUUCCUAAGUAAAAGAGAACUGGAUCGAACGCUAUGGAUUAAGGUUUGGGGUAUGCCUGUGCAGCCUAAGCUCAAGUUUUUUGCGUGGGAGCUCUUGAGGCGGAUCUUACCAACGAUGGAGGCAUUGCGUGAGAAAAAGGUGCAGCUCCUUGCGAGGUGUCCAGUGUGCUGGGCGCCGGAGGAGUCCACCGAACAUCUCUUUCUGCAGUGUCCGGUUGCGUGAGGAUUGUGGGAAGCUGCAGGGCUUGCUGAUGAGCUAGAGGUUUUGCCGGUGGGAUGUGUUAACAUAUUUUUUAGGCGAUUUUUGGAGUGAUUUUUCACCUAUGCGUGUUGUGCGUUUGAUGUGUGUACUGUGGAGGAUAUGGAAGGGGUGGAACUCUGUGGUCUUUGAGGGUCAGCAGACUCUCCCAAGUAUUCUCCGACAGGAGUUUCUACAUCAAGUGUCGGAAUGGGAGCAACUUCCCCAAGGGGAUGGGAAUGGUAUGGGUGAGCCUUCGGGGGGCCUUGGUGCUGAUCAUCCUGCGGUGGCUGUUGGUUCUCCGAUGCUUGUUGAACUAUCAACGUUGCGGGAUGCGAUUAGGUGGUGUCAACAUCGUGGCUUGGAGGCUGUUACGAUUGAGGGGGAUGCCAAGAUUGUGAUCGACAAGGUUAACGCUGGGGAUGUUUGUGCUGCUGCUGGUGGUGCUCUGUUUGAGGAAAUUCGCCAUCUUCUUUUGAUGUCCCCAGGAUUUAGGGUUCAAUUUGUGGAUAGACAGAACAGUAGGGUAGUCCAUAUGGUGACUAAGAAGGCCCUGUCUUUGUUUCCUGCGAGUUGUAAUGGGUUUGAUUUUUGUGGGUGGCUUAGGUCACAAUUAUUGUAACUUUGUGUUCUUGUUUAAUACAAGCUAUCUUUUCGACAAAAAAAAAAACUGUUCGAAAAAAAAAGGGAGAGAAAUGAUCGAUCUAGCCAGCGAGAAAAUGCUCCAACAUAAGCCGACAAACAAAACAACAGACUACCCAGUGCUCUGACACAGACAAAACAACCAACAACAGCGCGCUCUCUCCCUUUUUCCUUUCAACGGGACGGAGGAGUUGAUCCGGUCAAGCCGCCAUUAACAGUUCCCCCGUCGCCGUUAACCCCGUCAGGAAAACGGAGAAACAGGCCAUCCGCGAUUAGUUGACCCUCUCCUCUCCUGUCUAUGAAAGUCAACUGUGAGAAAAUGGGAGUAUAGAUAGAGAAACACCAUGAGAUUACGUGCUUGGUGGAAGAAAUGGAAACGUCGCUGGCAGUGCGAUGGGUGAAAUUGGACAUGGUGGUUGGAGAAGGACAGCUCGAGCCGGAGGAGAACUUCAAAGGUUUCGCCUUUUUCACUUGAUUACCUUUUGGGUUUAAUGUAAUUAUAUAUUAUUCGUAGUUUUUUACAGAGAGAAGGAGACUUAGAAUUCGGGGAGGAGAAAGAAGGAAACCAAAGAAUCGUCAAACUAAACCGGUGGCUCCAGUCAAUGGUUGAUAAACCUCGCUCCCUCCCUCUCUCUCUCUCUCUCCCUUUCUUCUUGUAAACCAGCCUUCUGCUUUUUCUCCUGGGUUAGACGCCCUCUCUCUAGCUUCUUCUCUAUCUAGAAAAGUCUUCCUUUUUUUUCUUCUAUUCCAUCUUGCAGAGUGGGUCGUACGAGGGUUGCUUUUGGGGGGAGAUCUCUUGAGGUUGUAAUUGCCGUAAGAGGAGGAACAAGAAAAGGUUAAAUUUUGUUGAAGGGUUCAGCUCUGGGAUUUCUGGGCUCUGCUCCAACCUUGCUGGAAACAGAACUGGAAAGAGGAAAUGGCAGUAAGUUCUGUGCUUGCCCUCAUCUUUUCCUUUUUUCCCCCCUAGUUGUCUCUUGGGGAAGAUAUCAGCCUUUUCAAGUUGAAAGAUGAUGAUUCUAUCCAGGUUGUAGCUGCAUAUAGAAUAAUCAGUGCGGUUUGUAUGUUGCUGUGGUGUUGUUGAUUGGCAAUGCUCCGGUUUCAUGUUUAUGUUGUUGGAGAAGGUGUAACUGUUUACUCCUGAUUGAACAUGUAAGUGAAUGACGAAUUGGUUUGGAUUAGAGAGCUAUGGGUACUCAAGUUUAAGGAAAGCGAUUAUGGGUGUUUCUAAGUUUGUUUAGAUUGAACAUGUAACCCGUGAUUUUGGAUGAACGAGGCCGAUCAUAGGAAGAGUUGGUUUUUAAUCUGAUGUUUGACUUUGGAAAUUAAGAGGUUGGAUUAAUAAAAUGGAAGCUGGAGUUUAGAUAAUUAUACAACAGUUUUGAUGGUAUGCAAUGAUCUUGAAUUGAGCAGCCAAAAGUAGUUUUGUGUGCAUCUAAGCCAUGACAUUUGUGAAGACGUUAAGGAAACGUGAUGCAUUCUUAUGUUUGGCUGUUGUUAAUCAUGAACCAGAUAGGCUUAUGCAUAAUGCUUUUCUAGCAAUUAUUUGGCGCGAUCCUAUGAGAGAUGAAAUACGUGUUGAUUGCCAUGAUGACACCAAUGUCUCAAUUCAGUAGUUAAAGUAGAAAUAGAACACCGGAUUGGUGCGGCCAAUGAUGUGUUGAGGUUGAUUCUGCGUAUUUGAGAUGAUUGAUGUUUUAGUCAUGAUGAGCAACAUCGUGAGUUUGAUCCCUAAGUGCUGCCAAAUUAUCUCAAUUAUGUCCAGUUAUGUGUGUAUGUGUUUUGGUUGAUCCUUUCUGUGUCAACUUGAACGCUUGAUGCCGAAGAAGCAGUGGGACAGUUGCACAUUUCACUUCUUAUAAAGGCUUAUGGUAGUGAGGAUCGUGGAUGAUACAUAACUAUUGAAAUUGUAAGCCUGAUAAGUAACGGUAACAGCGGCUCUGACUUUUUCUGAGACAAACUAUUGUUGAUCUAUGAGAGGGUUUGGCAGUUGGUAAGAUAGUAUGAUGCUCUAUUUUUCUUCUUCUCAGGAUUGCUGUUUACAUUCUAUCCUGUACUUGCUUGUGGGGAAAGCAAUAGGUCAAUUUGAUUUCACCAGGAGCAUUAGUGUUGAACUUAGCUGAUGCAAUACAUUAGACUUACUCGG